AGUAUCCGCAUUGUUCCGUAUUACGACAAGACUUGUGGAGAAAAGGCAAAAGGCAAAGAAAGGGUAGGAAAUAAAAAAGAGGGCGGCUCCUCCCUCGAGACCCCCAGAUCAGGCCACUUUCUCCCGUUUUUUCCUACCCAUCUUUUUACCCUCGACCCUUUCGAUUCGCUCGCCCCGUCGCCGUCCCCGAAGAUGGCCCCAGCGCCUCAGGAGCCUGAGUCCGCCUCUCCGACAACGAACAGGCCAGACGGCGAGUCGUCGGUAGAUAACAUUGCCCAGGCCUAUAGAGACCUCCUAAGAGGCGAACAAGCCGCCACCACGCUCGAGACCAACCUGACAAAUCUCGAGAGUAGACUGGACGCUCUACUUGCCGCUUUCGAAGCCAACGGGAAGUCCGACCAGGCUGGCACCGCGGCACCACAUAACGAGAACUCGAAGGAGGACGGGACGACUCACCAUGGAGCUUCCGAUACGGAGAAGAAAGAUGGCCCUGGAUCCAACGAGCCCGCGAGGAAGCCUUAAGGAUGGGAUUGGGGAUUCGAGACGCGCCAGUGUGCCUCGG